CUAAGUAACGCCCACCCAUAUGACCGGCAAAGUCAGUUCAAACUGAAAAACACGCUGCCUGCACACUAUUCAAGGAGACAUAGGUGCAUGGAGCAGGGACGCCGAGUAAGAGCCUACCUCUGACUGAGCUACAGAUUAUUUAUUUUUAAACCCUCACAAGUAUUAAUACAGGUUGCGUCAUUUAAUUUCACUUUCCAUGAUUGAGUUUGACAUUUUUUCUGUGUCAUGUCAAGCUGAUAACACUAAUCACGACUCGUCUCGGAAUCUGCUGAGUGCGCUCACUGGAUGCUUUGGGCGAACAGGUGGCGCAAGCUCCCGUUCCCUUAAUUUGUAUUAGGGGCAAGACGCAGACGGACCGGAGUUAACGCACUUUGCCGGACGUUAAGCAUUUAAUACCCGCCUUAAAGGUGGGAAAGGGACCAGGUGCGUGAUUUUAUCCCUUGUUAAAAGGGGACAUUUGACAAGGCAGCUGUGAUGCCAGUUGCCGACAUGGUAGUAGACAACAGCCACGGGUUAGGCCUAUAUGAGGGCAAAACCCCAAAUAGUGCCGGGAAUGACAACGUCCUCCCGGCCUCUCUAUGCAGUCCUGCGGCGGACAUCCUCAAGAACUUUUAUCACACCAAACGGGUCGGGAACUAUCUGAUCGGGAGGAAGCUGGGAGAAGGAUCGUUCGCCAAAGUUAGAGAAGGUCUCCAUGCGUUGACUGGAGAAAAGGUGGCGGUGAAGGUGAUCGACAAGCGAAAGGCCAAGAAGGACUCUUAUGUGACCAAGAACCUGCGGCGGGAGGGCCACAUCCAGCAGAUGAUCCGCCACCCCAACAUCACACAGCUGCUGGACAUCCUGGAGACCGAGAACAGCUACUACCUGGUGAUGGAGCUGUGUCCCGGCGGGAACCUCAUGAACCGCAUCUACGACAAGAAACGCCUGGAUGAGCGGGAGACUCAGAAAUACAUCCGGCAGUUGGUGCUGGCCGUUGAGCACCUGCACAGGGCAGGCGUGGUGCACAGGGAUCUGAAGAUAGAAAACCUUCUGUUGGAUGAGCAGGACAACAUAAAGCUCAUAGAUUUUGGCCUCAGUAACUGCGCAGGCAUCUUGGGAUACUCCGACCCAUUCAGCACCCAGUGUGGAAGUCCGGCCUACGCCGCCCCAGAGCUGCUCUCCAGAAAGAAGUACGGGCCGAAGGUGGAUGUCUGGUCCAUUGGCGUGAACAUGUAUGCCAUGUUGACUGGGACUCUGCCGUUCACCGUGGAGCCCUUCAGUCUCCGAGCCCUGCACCAGAAGAUGGUGGACAAAGAGAUGAACCCUCUACCUCCCUCGCUCUCCACAGCUGCCAUCUGUCUUCUGAAGAAGCUUCUUGAGCCAGAUCCCAACAAGCGUCCCAAUAUCCAUCAGGUGAUGGCUGAUUCCUGGCUACAGCUGGCCAACAAGAACACAGGGGCACCGUACCUCAACAGGAUCCACAUUGAGGAAAUAAACCACACAGUGUUGCUGCAUAUGACGGAGAAGAUGAGCUACAAGCACAGUGAGGUGCUGAGCGCUGUCCUCACCAACCGCGCCUGCCACACUCUUGCUGUCUACUUCCUCCUCAACAAGAAAAUGAAGAGACUCUCUAAAGAGUACAGGGAGAUGCAGUUUCAAGAAAAUAAGAAAGGAGAAAAGCAGAAAAGCGAAUACUUCCAGACCCAGUGGAGGAAGCACGUGGACAAGCUCACUAUACCCCCCAAGCAGACGCCCGUCUACCUGGCAGUUGCCAAGGGGCCCAGCAAGGAGAAGAAACACAGAACAGGUUUAUUGCGUGCAAUAACUGGUGGCCAUCGCAAUUCACCUCUGGCACCACCUGGCACCGUCGCCUCUUCCUCCAUGGAAUAUCUAGAGAUCCAACCUCUCUUUUCUAACACCCCUCAGCAACGGAGGCGCUUGGCCACCCUUCCACAAGUCAAUACGAGCCCAGAGCACAACAUACCUGCCCCGCCAGCACCAUCACCGAUCGGCAUGCAUUCCUUCGGCUCCCUCUCCAAAGCCGAGCAAAUUGAAGACACCCCCGCCUCACCCUGGUACAAGCUGACCAACGGGACUCUGUCCCCACCGCGCCACGUCUCUGCCUUCCAACCCGACUCCUCUUACUUGAAGAAGGCCACGAUCCCCAGUCCUCCCGUCCUCAUUGUCAACCCGCAGCCCAAGAAGAGUGUCUCGUCAGAUUGGGGCGGUUCUUCUGACACCAGCGGCAGCCCUCCCAGCACUGUAGGAAGCCCCCCGGGGAGCUCGGCUUUCAGCCCUCCAAAGUCCGCCUUCAGUCCCCUCAACCCCACCUCAGCAUUCAUUCCUCCUUCCAACAGCAGCAGCAGCGAUCCCGACAGCCCGACGCACCGCAGCAAAUUCCCCUCGAUGGGAAUUGGACAGAUCCUAAAGAAGAAGGUCCAGCUGCAGCCGUUCUCUUUCAGGCCAGAACAGGUCGUUGAGGAAGUGGUGUCCCCGCCUCCCUACCCCAUGCAGACUCUCCUCUGUGCUUCAGGUGCACUCAAGACCCUCUGCUGAGGGAUACACGACACAAGAAAAUGAAAGAAAGACAGACUGAACUCGAGGCCCCUCUCAACAUUUUGUUUAAGUUGGAGAGGUCUUCCAGAGCGGCCUUUUGAACUGUGAACUGUCCCUUUAUUGCGACUGAGCCACUUUUCAAGACAGACUUGAUCAUUUUAAAAAAAGAAGAAAAAAAAAAGAGGUUUGAGUGAGAGUAUAAAAUAUUGUAUCUCUCGUUACCGCUCUCAUUAUGUAAUAAGAAGUGGUGACGCUAAGAUGAGAUUUGAAACGGAUCCCUGAGCAAUGACUAAAUCUCGCUGUGGCCUAGAUCCAGAGUGGACAUCCACAUGGUACAUCAUGUAUUACACACACACAAACACACACACACACUGUAUUAUAGACUAAGUUAAGAGGUACUCUCUUAUGUAGUAUUGCUGUAACUGGUUACUAAUUGAGCCGCAGACUGAUUCACACCAGCUAAUGGACCCCAACUCUUACCCUAACCCUGAUUACGUGUAUAAAUGUUUUUUUUCUCUGUGAAAACACUCUCUAAGAUAGUCUACCCACUGACUUCCAGCCAGCUGGCACUGUAUCCUCAAUGCUGCCUGGAUGGAGAAGCUCACUGCACUAUUCUUAAAAACCAAAACCUGAAGUAACAACGGUGUUUACCAUCCUUUACCUCACUGUAUUAUUCAUACAUUAAUGUAUAACAGCAGUCGAUUGUGCGAUGCUUGUGUGGAUUUUGCCACCGCGUUGCAGUGUCUUGAGCGUUAGUGCCAUAAGAUUCAACACACUGAAAUAGAAGUAGGUACCAAGAGAUGAGUCAUACUCUCACUUUUUAUGGCAUUCUCAUUAACUAUAACUCAACACUAAUAAUAAUUCACAGCUCUAACUUUUUAUAUACAAGUGUUACAUCAACUCUACAACCCACAAGAAAAUGUCAAAGUCUUAGUUAGGACUUUCUCACAGCCUGGUCAGUCAGUUUAAAAAAAAAAAAAAAAAAAAAAAAAAAGGGCAAGGGCUGAGGUAUGAACGUGGAAGGAUCACAUACAUCCAUGAAAAUAAUUCACUUCCUUUUGUCUUAAUUCUGUAGUUUGUGCAAUAGUCUUAAGUAUUAACUGCAAUGACAAGUAUUUGCCAAGAGCUCUCUGAGAGUGAUGUGAAAACUGUGCUUGUAAAUAACAGUACGACUCCGUGUUCCUGUCACUUAUUCUGUAUGAAGGGAUUGUAACAUGUUUACCGACCCGACAUUUUCACGUCUUAGUUGCUUCAUAAAACUAUUUGACAAAAAGGCUUCCACAGGCACAUGAGGCUUCUCGUGUUAAGAUACCGUAAAAUCUCUUCCUGUCCAAAUGAAAAAGUUGCAUGCAAUAUUUCACGAGUCGUACUGUACUGUCACCAUUUUAAAUUGUGUCACUGUCUGUACCUUUUUUUUGGUUGACACUGAGAUUGAUACUGACUCAAGGGGGGGGUGGUCUUUUGUAAGAUUUUGUAAUGGAUGGUUUUCUUUGAGUGUCAAGAGAUUUCUAUGCUGUAUAAAGUAUUUUAAAAAUUUAUACUGAAUCCA